GAAUUAGAAUUUCAUGGAGUUAUGCGUUUCUACUUUCAAGAUGCUGGGCAAAAAGUGGCUACAAAGUGUAUACGUGUUGCCAGUUCAGCAUCAACUCAAGAUUGCAUUGAAACAUUAAUUGAAAAAUUUAGGCCUGAUAUUAGAAUGUUAUCUGUUCCUGAAUAUGCAUUAUAUGAAAUACAUGAAAAUGGUGAAUGUUACAAUGAAUUUUCAAACGUGUUGAACUUUGACACAAAUAAUUUAAAUAAAAUAUUUUUUUUUCAAACAGAAACAGAAAGACGAGUUCGAGCAAAUGACCCAGAAUUUCACUAUCAGUUCAAUUAUGCUAAUAAUUAUAUAAAAACAUCAAAGUAUACUUUUUUAACCUUCUGGCCACUGAAUCUUUUUGAACAGUUUCAGAGAUUAGCCAAUUUUUAUUUUCUUUGUCUGCUUGUAUUACAGUUAAUUCCACAAAUCUCGUCUCUGACUCCAGUCACUACAGCUGUGCCUUUAGUAGUAGUAUUAACUGUAACAGCUUUAAAAGAUGCAAUUGAUGAUAUCCAACGUCACCGAAGUGACAGUCAAGUUAACAAUCGGUUAUCUAAGGUGCUACGCAGAGGACGAGUGGUGGAAGAAAGAUGGCAUAAAGUACAAGUGGGAGAUAUCAUUCGGAUGGAGAAUGAUCAGUUUGUAGCUGCAGACUUACUAUUAUUGUCCACAAGUGAACCUAAUGGUCUUUGUUAUAUAGAAACUGCAGAAUUAGAUGGGGAAACAAAUUUGAAAUGCAAGCAGGCCUUACCUGAAACAGCAGAAUUAGGUGAAGAUAAUAGUCUGAUGGGUAAAUUUAAUGGUGAAAUAGCAUGCGAACCACCUAAUAACAAUCUUAGCAAGUUUGAAGGUACUCUAUAUUGGGAAGGAGAAGCAUACUCUAUAGAUAAUGAUAAAAUGUUAUUGAGAGGAUGUGUUCUACGCAACACAAAAUGGUGCUAUGGAGUUGUGAUAUUUGCAGGAAGAGACACAAAACUAAUGCAGAACAGUGGAAAAACAAAGUUUAAGCGCACAAGCCUUGAUCGACUCUUGAAUAUAUUAAUAAUUGGGAUUGUCUUCUUCUUGAUCAGCACAUGUUUGUUUUGUACCAUUGCCUGUGGGGUAUGGGAAACCAUCACUGGGCAACACUUUCGUGCCUUUCUUCCGUGGGAUAAAAAUUUGGUGCCUAAUGAUAAUGCAACUACCGGAGCUGCAAUCAUUGCCGUGUUAGUGUUGUUUUCCUAUGCUAUUGUGAUGAAUACAGUUGUGCCUAUUUCUCUGUAUGUUAGUGUGGAGGUGAUUCGGUUUUGUCACAGUUUAUGGAUUAACUGGGAUGAAGAAAUGUAUUAUGCCACAAAUGACACUCCUGCUUGCUCUAGGACCACCACUUUAAAUGAAGAGUUGGGACAGAUUGAAUAUAUCUUCUCGGACAAAACAGGAACUUUAACACAGAACAUCAUGGCUUUUCUAAAGUGUACCAUUAUGGGUAAAUUAUAUGGAGAUGUUUUGGAUGAAAUUACUGGUCAACCUUUAGAAAUUACAGAGGUAAGCUUUUAUAUCACACACUGAUUUUGUGAGAUGCUAAUCAUAGUAUAAUAUUGAAUAUGAUAUAGACUCAUUAAAAUCCAUUUAAAAAAUAAUGAACAAGUUGUUCAUUAAUGUAAUCCUUGUAAUCAUUGGAAACAUUUAAGAAUAUCUUCCAGUCACAUUGUGUUAUACUUGAAAUAAAUGGCACAUUAUAUACUUGCACAGUCCAGUU